UUCAAUUGGCUGCUUUUUAGGGUAAAGAUUUACGUUUGCUUCUGGAGACUGACAAUUUGAAAUUGGUCGACUGUCAAACUAAGGCAACUCUCUUGGUACAACCUAUUUCGAAAAUGCGCGUUUGGGGAGCUGGAAGAGAAGAACAGAAGUAAGUUAAAUAUGUGUUAAAAACGUACGGUGUUGUGUUGUGUUGUGUUGUGUUGUGUUGUGUUGUGUUGUGUUGUGUUGUGUUGCUUUCAGGGUUUCAAAACACGAGUAAAUUCGUUCAACGAGUAAAUUCGUUCAAUGAACUCAAAUAUCAAGAGUUCCGAAGUUAGAAGUGGGUAAUAACAGUUCUAUGAGCUGUACAUGUGGUUUAUAGUCCAAAUAAUACCAAAUACGGAUUUUGGUAUCAGUUGUAAUCUUUGGUUCCAAGAAGAAAUGUUAUACAGUAUUUUUAUAGUAAAAACCUCAUUUCAAACAACCAUUUCACAACAGCAGUUUCCAGAUAGGGUACCAUUAGAUGGAUUGCAAAGUAGUUUUUCUUCGUUUUUUUUGCUCCAAAACUUGAUCUAAUGACAUCAUAUCCGUGAAAAAGUUGAUCAUUUUGAGGUUUUUCACUAUAAAGAUGUAUUGCAUUUCUUCGCAGAAUGAUUCGAAUGUUAUCCAAACCAAUAAACCUAUUUGGUGUUACUGGCACUUUAAAUUUUGUUCAUUUCAAUUCUGCUCGGCUCGGUUCAUGAACACCUGAUACCAAGCCAAAAGUAAAUCCCUCAUCUCAUUUACAGAGACUUUGCGUAUGUAGCAAGAGACCAAGUUACUGGCAAGCAUAAAUGUCACGUGUUCCGUUGCCAUGGGAACAUAUCGGGACGAGCAAUCCAUAACAAACUACAUGAAAUGUGCAACAGGAUACUGGAAGAGAAAAGAAGAGCUCGAGAGAAUCAGCAAAAUGACUCGACAAAACAAUGGUCAGAUAUUUUGAAUACUCCACCUAAACCGUCCGCAAAAGGUAUGGAUAUGAAAAGGUGCAUGUCGAUAUCGGUGCUUUAGUGAUAUACUGUACCCUGUGAAUUUAUACAUCCCGGUAUAUUUGCACUAUCCAAAAGAUUUCAAAAUCUUCAAAUUCCUAAAAGUGUGUAAAAAUUUCUAACAAUCUCUGAAAAUCUCAAAAUUCUUUAUAUUUUCGAAUUAGGAAAUUUCCAUGCAAGGCUAUUGGUUGUCUUAGUUUCCGCCCAAAUAGAAACACUGUUUUAAGCGCUGCCUUGGUAACAACACGUAUUAAGAGUACUUUCAAUCAGUGCUUCAAUAUAUUUCUCCUGCUGUUCUCAAGGCUGAUGAUAUUUCUCUACGAACAUUUGUAAAACGCAUGUAAAACAGUACAAAGUCAAUGACUAGCUCUCAAUGGGUCGGUGUAGAGUAUAACUGUAUAUAGUCUAUAAAGUCCAUUGAAGUAUACAUGUAGCACUCAGAAAACUUUCCCCUUAUAUUACUGCCGAGUACCUUGCUAGCACUAAUAGCGGACACUUCACGAAAUAGGGUGGAUUAGGUUGCCAACAUAUGGGUUACCUUUUGUAGUUGGAAAUCUUAUUCCUUUAAACUUUGUUGCCUUAAACUUAAUGCAUUAUAGCUUCAUUUAUGGCCUCACAAUGCUUUGAAAAAUUGUUGAAAAAUUAAUACACCUUUGCUACACAGGUAUUUAGCGAUCUCCCCACCCCACCCACACCUUAGUGUCCACCGCUGCCUUCUUGUCGGAGAGCACAUCAGGACAGAUUCAGUUUCACUCAUCAGGGGUCGAAAUUUACAUUUGUUCCUGCUAUACAACCAUGAUUAUACAGAUUAUCAAAUUUGCUAUUCCGUCUGAAGUUUCAUUAUGCCUUAUCUCUCUCUGUUCACAUGCUAAUGUCUCUGACAAUUAUGACGUAAGCCUGAAAAGACAGGGAUCUUAAGGGAAACUGAAGAUCAACAAACAAACAUAGCAGGUCUUAUUAUGCACGAAGAAUCUAUCGAAUACUUGCACACAGCUCUAUUACUCUAACUAAAGUUGUUUUGACGACACAUGCAGGAUAUGGCGCCAGUUUCGUUUGCCAUGCAAUAACAAAAACUCGAAAUCUAAAAAUUUACUAAAUGCUACAAUAUUCUACUAUACAAACGGAAUACCCUCACGCAUGCAUUUUGCUAUUAUACGGUAUAGCGUAAAUUUCGACCCCUGCUCGCAUGAGGCUUUGUACUUUGAGACAGCAUAAAGCGAAGAACAUGAUGUAGGCUACCACCACUCGAUGCAACAUGUAUAAUUGUCUUAACAAUCACGAGCAAACUGCAUAUGUCAGCCGUAUUUCUGUAUCCUUGAACUGCAUAUUACCAAACGAUGCCAAUUAAUUUUACAAGUGGAGAUCACAUUUUAACACUUUUUAGGACGAAAAUGGUCGCCGUUUUCCUGAUUCAGAAACAAAUUGAUUGCAGGGACGAUGGAACAUUGAAAGGCAGGGAGGCAGACACCGUUUGAAAUAUUUCCACGAUCAAUUUAUACUAAUAUAUAUAUACUGUAAUUACAGCCUAGUCCCAGGCAUUCUCUUCGCCGUUACUAGCUUUAUCUAAUAAUUAACAAUCAUUCACCAAAGUGGAGGUGAAUGGCUCAACGAUGUUCAUCGAGAUGCAAAAUUGUCUUAGCAUAUACCAUAACAAACAAAAGUGUUCAAAAAACAACGAAAUUAUUUGAAAAUAAUUUGUAUUACAGCUCCCGUAAUUAUAAUACUUUUUGUUUCUGGAAAUACCACGUAAAUUUAUUACUGCAAAGCUUUCGAUCCGUAAGCCCGGAUCUUCAUCCGGGUUACGGAUCUUUGAAAGCUUUGCAGUAAUAAAUUUACGUGGUGUUUCCACAAACAAAAAGUAUUAUAUGUUUUAUCGCCAUGCAAACCUCUACAAAGAACUUAUUAGCUCCCGUAAUAGAUCUUUCCCCUUUUGAAUGAAAUUUUGAUCUAGACAAGUCUGGACAAAUAUUUCAUCACAGCUUGAAAGAGCAUCACAAAAUUAGUAAUAUUCCGAAGUUUCGUUGCGAAAUGUUGUAAAAUGCGGAUAAUAUAGCCUUGCGAAGUUUGCAAUUUUCAGUCAUUUUGUAUUACAAGUGGGAAAUUGAUAAUCAGUUUGAUCAUCUGAUUAUCAAUUUCCCGUUUGUAAUGCAAAAUGACUGAAAAACCGCAAACUUCGCUGGGCAGGCAUAGCUAGAUCAAAAUUUCACUCAUAAGGGUAAAGGUCUAUUGUUGUAAACAAAACGGUAUUUACAAGCUUUUAGAAUUUUAUUCAUUAGAAAUAGUUUUAAGAAAACCUUUGCACACUGUUAAACAAAACAAAACUUGGCAUUCUUCGUGUAUGACAGAACCACAGCUUCGUUUAGUAAAACGAUUUGCUCUUCUGCUAGCACACGUGUUGUUCACUUACUAGCUUGCUUGCUUCGGAACGAAAGGGACUGGGCUGUACUUUUUAUAAUUAGCUGGACGCUAAAUAAUUUUGAAGAUUUGCAAAUAGUAUUUUUUGGAUAACAUAGUAGUUUAUAUGAAAACGUUUGAUAAGUAUUUUAUACCUUAGACUAUAUUUUAUUUAAUAUUUUUGAAUUUUUUAUUUACGUUUAUUUUGUACUAUAACCUAAAUUACUUUGCUCGAAACACUAAGGGGCCUGUCCUUUCAUUUUUUAUUUAUGCGUGUGAAGAUAAAACCCUCUUGUCAAAUGUCGAGUCUACCAAACUCAUGCAUUCUGUUAAAAAAAUUCGGAUAAGGGACAGGUCAUUAUUUCUGGCUGGGGGUGACACCGAAGAGAAAUGUUUUUCUUGCUAAGAAUUUUGCUUAUCCAACCAUUAAAAGGUCAAAAAACCCUCAAAUGUCAAUUAAAAAUACCCACCCCUGGGGAAAAACCAAAAGGAUACCAUUCAGUUGUCGCACAUGUCCUUUACUACUUCUGUGCCAUGAGUUUAAUUACUGCUUGUGCAAUUUUCUGCAGUCUAAAGUGUCAUGCUGUCUGCACAUGUACUUUCGUCGGAAACACCAUUUGCCUCCUGGCAAAUCGGAAAAUUAUCAAGAUAGUGACUCUGAUUGAUUUACGUAUUGUAUCGAGAAAUGACUGUUGACAUUGCUUUUUAGUCUUCAAUAUUUGAGUGAGUCAUGCUUUGGAAAUGACAAUAAAUUUUUAUUACCCAAACCUUGAGUUGUUUUGUUUUUCAUUCACCCAACCUUUUACUCACUCAAAAUUUUGUUUACCCAACCCUUUUCUCUUCGGUUCCAUCCCCACCCCUCAUAAAUAAUGACCGUUCUCUAAGCACUUUUUUGAGACUAUAUCAUGCACUUUUUUGAGACUAUAUAUGAAACAGGAUGUCCACAAAUCCUGGAAAAUCCUUGAAUUUGAAAAAAAUAAAUCCAGGCCUGGAUAGUCCUUGAAAAUUAGUGCAGGUCCUUGAAAGUCCUGGAAUUUCUUUCUAGAUGUGCAGAUAAUACUUUAAUGUUAUUUAUAAUUUUGAUUUUGAAUAAACAGUAGUGUUUCAAAAAGCAAAAUCCACAUAAUUUUCAACGAUUUUUCCAGUUUUAGGUCCUUGAAUUUACUGAAAAAAACGUCUUUGAACUUCCUGGAAAAGUCCUCGAAUUUUAUAUUCAUUAAUUUAAAGGGUGGAAACCCUGGACUCAAAAUCCAUUCCUAUUAAAAAACAUAUACGAGUCUCAUUUGAGUUAUCUCAAUGCAUGUCAGGCAAUAAUAUUGUCAGGACUAAAAUCAUUAUAUUAGCUAUAUUUUAUAUUCGUUAUGUACUUACUACUAACAACAUGGUUGUCAUGACAUUUAUUUAAACAAAAGGUGCAAUACAACAAAAUGUUCAUUUAUCUCAAGGAUGUACAGCAUUGUGAAACUAAACUAUAGUUUCUAUGAUCGUGACAUAUACAGUAAUUUGCAAUUUCACACUGCGGUACAAACCUUGGUUAAUCCUUCAUUUCAAGUGAAUUUCAUAAGUAAUUUGUCAAUCGUGUAACGAUUUUUAUAUACAUGAAUAUGGAAAUGUAUGAUUUAAAAUAAAAAAAAAUUUAAAAGUUCAUAGUGUAUAUAUAUGACUGCAUCCAGUGGCGAAGCUAGCCAUAGCAACGGGUCAUGCUAUGCAAAUUCUUAAUAACCUUCAGAAAUGUAUUGUCUUUAACCUAUUUGGAUGCAGGAUUAUUAGCUUAGCCUGACCGGCCAGUUGCCAUGACUGGCUUCGCCACUGACUGCAUCUCUGCAGCGUCUUUGUUCGUUUUUAAUGUGGUUACUAGUUAGUCUGCAUGCUCAAGGAUGAACUGAACAAUUUUUUCACCCAGUGGUUUGUCGCUACUGCCUCACCUGCCUUACAUUGUUCCAGCGUUUCUGUUGUUCUCAAUUUGGAGUCCUAUUUCACGACUGAAUCAGAUUUAAAAUCUGAUCAAUCAGUUGGUUAAACCCGUUGUUACGCAAUAACAAUUUGGGACAACUCGAGCCUAGGAGGCACUGUUCUAAUGACGUAAUCGUAGAAUGGAACAAAUGUUGGUAGGCAUCCGUCGGUUAGAGAUAACCAUGGUUUUACACCCUAACUGGUGUAAAAUUAAGGAGGCCCUGCGGAGGAGAGCUUGGUAACCUUGUUGCUAUGAUAGACCAGGGUCUAUCAUAGCAACAAAGGUUACCAAGCUCUCCUCCGCAAAGCCUCCUUAAUUAAGUAUUUACAAAUAACCUACAUGAAGUUUCAUGAAUAAAUGUGAGCGCACGGGGAGUGAUGGGAAGAGUCAUUGCUAUUCCCACCACUCCAUUUUUCCUCAUUAGAAACUUCAUGUAAGCCUCUCGGAGGAGAGAGGGUUACCAAGCAUUUAUGAAUUAUACAGUAUAUGUGAGUGCAUUGGAUGACAACGGGCAAAACAAAUGUUAGUUGGUUAGGUAUAUUCCUUGAUGCUGAAGCUUGAGACUAUAUCCUGAAUCGGAUUUCCAAUGCAGUCCGAAAUGAGUUUUGAAACGACAGCUCUUUUUCCCAAUUACUAAUACUAACAUUAAUUCGCCAAUUAAUGUAGGCCCUAACCUCAGGUGUGGUAGCUUGCGUGCAAUCUCGUGCCUUCAAACGAUGUGUAAUCUCAUGAGACUGUACUCAGACUCUAGGACUAGGUGUGGUAAAUUUGCAUCACUCGGUGAAAAAUGUUCAAAGAUUCUUCUUUACCAUACAGCACUAAUUUGCAAAGUGCUGUAUGAAAUCGAUUUUUCUGCAUGGCAAGUAUACAUCUACCUGUGAAUAAUUUCCAGCCUUCAGUUUAAUUUAUGCAAUAACCAAGGCUAACAGCCACGUGAGGUGUGAUGUAACAUGAAAUUGUUCGAGCUCUUGGCAUCAGUUAUCGUUGUCUGCGAGGCAAACAUUUUAAGGGCAAGGUUUUUGCUUGUCUUUGUGGUUUGCGUAAAUUUCCACCAACUAGUUUAAUACAUCCUCCCCAAAAAUAUGCCAGUUUGGCUACAGAGCUUCGUUUUCGUGUGCGUGAUAUUAGAGACCUUGCGAUUUUAGGACGGCAACGGCUACCAAUACAACAGAUCAUUGAAACGAAGUGAGUAAUUACAAUAUAUGAAUAAUUUAGACAUUGUCCUCGCUCUGUUUACAACGCUAAAUCACAGAUUUUCACGUCUUGAUACAACGGCUGCAUUCCAAGCCGCAACAAGUGCAACUUCAAACUGGGUUUAGCAGAACUCUUCCCCACCAUAAAACCCAUGUCUUCAACUUCUAACACUGUAUUAAAUUCAUACGAUUGAUAAUACACGACGAACUAUCUUUACUACGAUCUAUUUGAAGGAGUUUGGUUUGGCCGUCGCCGUCUCGUUGUUAAGGGCUAACGUCUCCAUCACGAAAACGAGUCUCUAUACUGUAGCCAAGGUGACGUACUUUCCGGAGGCGUGUAUUGGUGUGAUGCACUGGCCUGAAUAAGAGAGAGUUUAAGUUCGACUUCCAAUACCAAUACCGAUACCGAUGUUUUCACUUCCGUUCUCAUUUUGGUACCGGGAAUUUUAAAGCGUUAAGUUAUUACGACAGAUAAAGUAUAGAGACAUUAAUCGUCACCGAAAAUAUGCGGUAUACUAAAAGCCAGCUGAGCUAAAAUUCCGACUAAAACAUGACUCAGGCGAUGCUAAUAAACAAAUAGUUUACAUGUUUAUCGUAAAAAUUAUGAAAUAUCCGAUUUAUAUGAGUUUAUCUUACAAUUCCCCCAACUUCCAAUACAAGGCCGACUUCGGUAGUGGUGACUUCCUAUACACUUGUACUCGUGCUUCUUGUGAGCAGAGAGCAUGCGCAUGACAUGUUGCUAGUAUCGGUAUUGGUAUUGGUAUUGGAAGUCGAACUUAAACUCUCUAGGGUUAUGGUGAAGUACUGACCUGAAUAAGGUCAUGGCGAAGCACUGACCUUGCAUGCCCCUGUUCAUAAUCAAUAAUAUAUUCGCGCUUAGUGGUCGAGCUUUUGCGAUUUUGAGGAUAACCUUGGAUUAGCUGCAUAAAGUAGAGAAUGUGCACUCAGGUGUUAUUGUCGUAACUCCGAAAGCGUUUUAUGAUGAAAUUGUUACCGUGUGCAGUGCAAGUAUAACAACAUUGAAAAGGCUUUGGAAUGUCUUGUUUGUGUUUAAAUUGAACACAAACACGACACGUUAUUGCAAUGCUAUAAUGAAGGACAACUUCAUACGUUUGACCAGGCAUUGGAGUAUUUUUCUCUAAGCAUUUGCCAUUUUAUCCCGUUACGUUAGACCAGGCUGGAUUUAACGUGAAGCCAGUAACGGAAUCGAAGAAAAGAUUCUCAGGAAAAUUUAUUGGAAAGGUGGACGUACCGAGACCGACCGGUAAGUUUAUUUUGUCUCUAAUUAUGGACUGUUACAAAUUACUUCUCUGAUAUAGAGGGGUUUACUAUAGGAAACGAAACUUGCAAACAGGGACGCCGGAAUUGGUGGGGGAGGGAGCAGAAGGGGCAGCCGCCCCCGUUGCCCUUUACCAGGAGGGGCCAGGGGGGCAAAGGUGCCCUUUCAAUUUAAAGGAUUGCCUUGGCGAAAUAGCGAAUUGUCAGAAAUGUUAGUGCAAUUCUUUUACGAAUUUGCUUCAGAAAACCCAAGAAAUACAGUCAUCGAGCUUCAAGAAUAGCACAAUCGCCCGGCGGAGAACCCCUCACACCCCUAUCAUCCAAUCAAUAGAAAACAUGAUUAGGCGAAGUUGAACUCCCGAUGUUUCGCAAACAUCUCUUAGUAUAUAUCAAUUCGAAAGUGCCCUUUCACGAAAAUCUGCCCCCCUUGCCUUCACAUCAUUCCGGCGUCCCUGCUUGGAAACUACUGUUACAAAAAAAAGUGAAACAUGAAAUUAUGAAAAGAAAAGAGUGAAACAUGACAGAGACUUGUAAAAGGCUGAUAAAGCCGGAAAGGUUUGUCUGCCUACUUGCGGCAAUUCAAAGAUAGGCCGUUUUCAACACAAUUUUUUUGACACACUUUGGAUUAAUUUAAAUGCCUGAAAUGAUUAAAGAAUUUAUGUCAGCCAAAUAUUGAGCACCAAGUAUAUCUCUGAACUAUUUUUUAGAAAUAGGCCCCCUCCCUCCCGUAGACCUGGCCUGUCUUGAUACCUUAUUUGUUCAAUCGUUGCAAUUCUCUCAAUUUAUACGAGAAGGCAACUCAAAACUUCAUUAUCUAAACGCAUGUUAAAGGAGCCACGUCUCUGCUCUGUCAUACGUACGAUACUUUAUGGAACCGUACAAGUAGUCACGUUAUUUGAGGUCCCACCGCCCCUGAUACACUGUAUGUUGCUUUUCUUAAUUCGCAAUAAGCUUCUGGUGUGCAAGGUUGAGAAAACAAAUACAGUAUUUCGAACUGUCACGCUCUAAUGUGCGAACCUCCACUUCCACAACUUCUUCAUUAUACCCGCGUAAAUUGUAACAAACUUAUGAACAAUCUCUAACAACGUUGUUUUUUGGCCAUUUCCCUCUCAACAUUUAUUUUGUACUAAUCUUGUCAAAGGUUUGCUAAAAGGUUGCUAAAUUGCAGGACCAUGACGAGGUAUUUUUAGAAAUCUAUCGGGUCUGAUUUUUACGUGUGCACAUGUUAUGUCCAUCUUGAUUCUUGAUUUACACACGUAAAAACGCCCACGUUGUUACAGAUCAGUAAACAAGUUGUAACAAGGUUGUUGUCAAGCCGAUAUCAGGAUGUGUUCGCACUGCUUGUUCCCGGUUCUUGCGACAAGUCUGCAACAAGUUGUGAUAACUUUGUUACAAGGUUGAUGACGGUAACGGACUCGCUACGAGUUGUUCCAACAAGACUAAUACAGGCUAGAGGCUGUUCGUAGCAAGUUGUUGUUUAACAACCUGUUGCGAGUCUGUUGAUCCCAUCAACCUUGUUACAAGAUGAUAACAACUUGUUCUGCAAACAUAUCUUGUCGGCAAGCUGUGAAGUUCUUACCCUUGUAUAUAUAUUAUGUAUGUGUUUUUAGGAAUUGAUGUUGUACAUAGAGCAAUUGAUGUUGCAAUAGCAUCACGUGAUCCUAACACGUGGCGCACAUGUUUGAUUGAGAUUACUGUAUCGAGUGUCCGCUGCACGGAUUGCUUGGUAAGGGCAUACCUAUAAAUACAGAAGUAAAAUAAACAUAAUUUUAAAUAGAAAACUUUGUUUCGACACAUUGAGAUAGACUUCUAGGGGCCAGUUGUUCAAAGCUGUUAUUAGUGCUAACACUGGGUUAAAACAUAACCCGCUGUUUUGGUUUGAGUACAUUUGCAAAUCUGGGGUUUUUUUUUCAAAACUUAGGAAAAUAGAACUUAUAUAUUGAUCCAGACAUAUGCAUGAAUUGUGGAAAACUAUCUUCAUGUUUCCAAGCAGGCUGUUAGGAAGUUUGCUUUGAAAAUUUCCCAGAUUAACUUUCGAACAACCGGCCUCAGAUUACGUUAUAUUCAUGUAGGAUUUUCUCUCUCUUGUAGUCUCAACAUGUAAUCACAGAAAAUAGAAUCAAGUUUGUGUCAUUUAUUGGAGUUGCGAAAGACGUAAGGUACAUGGCAUAAUUUUAUCUCUUCCCCGUUUCGUUCGUAUCACGUAAGGUAAGGUUGAUUUAGGCCCCAGUUACACGAUACCGGAUUCGUAUCGGAGCGACAUCAUAUUUGAAGUUUUUGUCCAAUUAUGUUAUACUAUAAUUGAAUAAUAGUGAAGAGUUGCGACCACUUAGGAGAAAUAUGCGUGAAAAAGAGUAACGCAAAGUAGUGCAAAUUCUACAGACCCUUUUCAUGAUGACGUCAUAUAUAUACAGUUAUAUCAGACGAUAUGGUAUUCUAAGUGAAAAUAUAAAAAAAUUCAGUUUUAACCUCGCACCGUCUUGGAGUAAACAGCAAAUACGUGACUGGUCAUGUGAGCGGGUGGAAUUUUAAUGGCAACUUGCAUGUUAGACUAAUUUUUAAUCUAAGUAAAGAGAAGGAAUUCAAACACCAAAAAGAACAUAAUGAAAUUAGUAGGAUUGCAGAAUUUGGUUGCGAAAUGAUGAUAUAAAGCUUGGAAAAUGUAACCUUGCAAAGGUUGCCAAUUUUGUGUAUGUUUGUAUUACGUGCGGAAAUUGUUACCAUUUUUGUUACCAAUUGUAGCAAUUUCCGCAUGUAAUACAAACAUAUAUAACAUAUGCAAACUUCACAAGGCUAUAUUUUCCGUAUUUUACCAAAUUUUUCAAUUUUUCAAUUUUUCUAAUUUUAAUGUAAAGUUCUUUACGGGAAUUUACUUUUUUGCCUAGAUAAAAAAUUAGUCUAACAUGCAAGUUGUCUAUUGAUGCUCAAGCUUUCUUUUACAAGCAAAUAUUUGCACUCAAACCAUGCACAAGGAACGCUUAAUGAGCAUGCCAAUUUAGUUUCAUCAGAAAUGAAAAAAAAAACACAUUUGGCAUCAGCAAACUAAAUUUAGUUUUUGAGCUCCAAUUAUUUAGAGAAGAAAAGUUGUCCUCCAAAUUCGAUGCGAAAAACUAGAUUCUGUUUUUAUCCUUUUAGUUUGUUAGUUCCUGUUGAAACUUAGCAUGUACAAGCAAAAACAUUUCUUUAAACGUUUCUUGUGGCAUUCGUACCUAAAACACCAUAUUAUAUCUGUUUUUGAAGUUAUUACUCAAUAAGUGCUCUAAUCUGGUAGCUGUAAUUAUGUGACGUCAUUAUUAAAGGGGUCUAUUUCCACAUUCUUUAGAUUCUGUGGCUAUAUAAGCAGUGGCGACGAAAGUUCCCCAUUCUUAUGUCACGUAUUUCAAUGUACACCGAACGCCGCCAGUUUCACAAAAGCUUUGGAAGAGGCUUGCAGGGUAAUGUACAUCAAUAUAGUACACUUUAUAUUCAUAUAUCAUUGCCCCUUAUUAUACCUUUAAAACCAUUAUAUAAAUCUCUCUUGACUGAUGACGACGUUAAUCACUCUUGUUUUACCAAAACCUCAAAUUAAAAGUGCCCCUGCCAUUCAAGCACACUGUGCUUUACUGUGUGCUUGAAUCGCAGGGCCACUUUUAAUUCGAGGUUUUGGUGGACACACUUUCAUUUUGUACGAAUUUCAUGCUCAGGCUGCAUAAAUUUCUUUUUAACAAAUUUAAUUUUACGUAUGUGUUCACGAAUGUAGUUGUCACAGGAACACAAGAACUAGAUCCACAAAUAAACUUCAAAGGUCAAACCGGUGAUCAUACAUGGAAACAACUGGCUUUUAGCCAGUGUAACAAAACUGACCGUCCAAAAAAUACUAUAUGGGUGUGACAACCUAUUUUCGUAGACUGGUAAAAAAAAUGGCGCUUGCAAACAAUUGUCGUAUGCUCAGAAUCCAGCGUCUUUUAGAUAAAAAAGUAUCGGACAUUGUUUAUGAGUUAGGGCAGCGGUUAGGUGUAGGGUUAGGGUCAUGCAGUAGAAGUAAUUAACAAUAAAACUACUUGAGUAAGAGUAAAAAGUACUGGAGGCAAAACGUACUUAAGUAAAAAGUACAAAGUAUCCUUAAAAAAUACUUGAAGUACAAAGUAAAAGUAAAAGUACUAUUGUCUAUAGCGUGUAGGGUGGGGGGGUGGGGUUGGGGGGGAGGACUUCUCCAAUGGAUUGGCAUACAAAAGACACAUAACAGCACAGUUUCACGCAUUAUAUUCGUUCACCAUAAUAUACAAUAUUUCACGGCAUGGUCUACUUUUCAGACUCCGUUGAAGAUAUAAGAAACCAUUAAAUAAAUAAUGCUUAUAUGCAGAGGUCCUAUUUUUAUUACUACCUAUCCCAAAAUUAAAAUAAAUCAGGAAUAAAUCACGUAAAAUUAAACAAAUGUGAGAAAGUAACGAAAUACUUCGCCACAAAAUGAAAAUAACGAAGUAAAACGUUACUUCUUAAAACGACUUCGUUCCAAGUAAAAGUACCGCAGAAAGAGUUUACUUUGUUACAUGCUGACUUCUCAAAAAUAGUACUCAAGUACAGUAACGAAGUACAUUUGUAUAGGUAAUCAUGCGAUGGCGAGUACAAUUAGGGAUUAAUAGUACGAGUGAUGUUUGGAAAUUUUGCCAAUAUUGGACGAUCCGCCGGGGCGAGUCCAAUUUGGCAAAUUUCCAAACAUCACGAGUACUAUUAAUCCCUAAUUGUACGAGCAACAUCGCAUGAUUACUUGUUUAUUAUUAGCAUGACAAAUUUGGAUACUUCUCUGUCAAGAUCAUAUUCUUUCGCCAAAGCCCAGUCCUGCCCAACAUUCAACCAAAAUUUGGUACUUUUGUUCGUAUUUUCAUUUAGUUCUUUUGUUAAAGCAAAAUUUGGUGCUUUUGUUCGUAUUUUCAUCUAGUUCCUCUAGGGCAAUUUCAUUUCACAUUUGUGUUCAAAAUACCUUUCCGCCAUUUUGUUUGUUUUGGGAAAAUUAUUAAUUGUACUGCACUGCAGUACAAUUAAUGAAAUAAUUGAACUCCUCUCAACCAAUCAGCAUCCAGUAAUUUUGUCAUGCUAAUAAUAAACUUCGUUACUUGACACUACUGCGUUCUAACUACAAUAUAGAUGAUGUUUUAAUUUGCAUAUUUGAUCAGUUGGAUAUUUUCAACAUUUACUUACAGUUGCGCUUACAAUCGUGCUUAGACACGAAUCCAGAACUAGCUGAGAAGUUCAUUUCCACAGAAGCAGAGAAAAGUGGUGAUAAAGAAACGAAUAUAGAGUGCGUAUUUCAGUAUACACGCUUUGGAAAAGUACGUCUGAACGUCAGCUAUUGAGCCUGGUCUUUGUGAUUGAGACGUUGGGCUUUUACAAAUGUCUCACCGUGCAUGAGGUCCGAUAGCCAAAGUCACGUACUUUCCGGAGGGCUGUAUUGUUGCCUCUGUUCCAUGAUUACGAUUACGAUUAGCAUUUCUAUAGCGCAAAUUUGCAUGCGCAUGAUAUGAUCAAAUGCGCUUUACAUCAAGUAUUAUAUACGCUUACCUAGUUACAUACUUAGCCUUGAUUAUUUUAUCUUUACAACAAUGGACCAUUUGCAUUAUAGACUAAAUUUUGAUCUAGACAAAAAUUUCAUCACAGCUUGAAAGAGCAUCACAAAAUUAGUAAUAUUCCAAAGUUUCGUUGCGAAAUGUUGUAAAAUGCGGAUAAUAUAGCCAUACGAAAUUUGUCCUUUUUUCAGUCAUUUUGCAUUACGCAGGGGGAAAUUGAUAGCCCAAUCGGGUGUUGGGGCAUCAAUUUCCCGUUUGUAAUGCAAAUGACUGAAAAUUGCAAACUUCGCAUGGCUAUAUUAUCCGUAUUUUACAACAUUUCGCAACGAAACUUUGGAAUAUUACUAAUUUUGUGAUGCUCUUUCAAGCUGUGAUGAAAUUUUUGUUUAGAUCAAAACGUAGUCUAUAAUGCAAAUGGUCCAUUGUGAUAUUACUUUCUUAACUAUGUGAUUAUCCUAACCCACCCUGUCAACUUUUCCUGUGGGAGGAAACCGGAGCACCCGGAGAAAACCCACGACUUUUGGCAGAGUUAACUGACUCUUUUCACAUGAGUCCGUAGCGAAAAUCGAACCCACGACCUCAGAGGUGAAAGGCGCUUGCUCUGACGACUGCGGCACCGAAGCCCCACAUGAUGGCAUUCACACUGGAUCCUUUGUAUGGGUCAUUAUAUGGAAAUGGCCAAUUUCCAUGCUAAUUGCCAUUUCCAUACUGUGGUAUGGCAAUAGUCAAGUGUGAAUAUAGCUAAUAUUAACUAAUCGUAAUAUACCAUGGAUUUAGUCAAGGGUGGAUAAGCACCAUCAUUUAGACUGGGUUAUAGCGCAUAAAGACCCCUUUGUGACGUCAUUCAUGAUUGACUACGAUAUAAACUCGGCCGUCCGCUUUUAUUUAGGAUUAUAACUGUCAUAAAUAGCCUGAGUGACCGUUGUUUUUGAAAAUCGAAAUAGAACCGUCUGUUUGUUUGUUAAACCUGAAUACCACCGAAUUUCACUUUGGUUUUAAAUUCUUUUCUUAAUCUUCUGCAGUCUGGAGCUGGAAUAAAAGGUUUUCUUGGAAAGCUGGCUAAUCAGGCAAAACUUGGAGUACCAAUUAGGAGAGCUAGCCCGGUAUGUAAUGUAGUUGCAACCAGUUUGAAUAUGUUUUACUUAACAUGUCAUACUUUGUAUAACUAUGUAUAUUGUUGUGGCGUAUGAAUAGCACAUUAAAAACAAAGACUGCAGUCGGGAAUUCGACAACGAUCCAUUUUAACUUAUGUUUCCCACAACACGCUCAAUAGAUUUAAUUUCCGGCAUGCCUUUCGAAGUGUAUCGUCAGGCUAAAAGAACGAAUUUGAGGUUACCUUUGCGCCGAUUAGGCACUUAUUCACCAUGUCAUGUAAUUUUAUGCGUUUAUGUUUUCUUGAUAAUAACUAGGUAUUUUGACUUCUGUAUAUAGGAGCCGAAUGUAUCAAGCUCAAAAGAACAACAACCUUCAUCUACGGAAUUACUGAUAAAAUAUUACGGACAUCAACCUGUUUCUGUCGGGACUGGACCAACUGCUAUAAGAGAGGCUGUUGGGGUGAGUCAAUAUUAUAUACUUUAAAUGUCUGCUCCAGAGGGAAAUAGUUUUGUUUUUCCCGAGAGUCUCAAUGUUAUGGAACAGACAUAAAGUGUUUUCCUAUACACCAACAAAAGAAAAAUCAACAACAUUCAUACAACAAUUGUAUUUCAUGACAGAAAACUCUAUAGAGUAAACGAGUAUUCGAGCACAGUGUAUUUGAGUUUAAAAUUAAAAGAACCUACUUAAACGGUUUCAGCAGCAUAUCCUGUUGUCUGCUGUGCAUGUUUCUUCUCUUUUACAUUCUUUAUGUCAACACAAACUUGGAAAAUUGUAGUUUAUAAACUCACGAGUUGUGCCGCCAUUUUGUUUAUUUAUGUACGUGGUCGGUCGGGGCGGGCAACGAUUAUUCAUGGAAAUGUUAUUUCGCUGACCUCAGAUUAAUGACGUUUCGUCAAAACGUUUUUCUUCAAGAUUGGUUUAGAAACAAACUUGUAGUAGGGUUAGGUUAGGGUUUGGACAAGGCAUUUUUUAAUAUCAUGGACUGGUGGGGCAUUUCCCCCACUUGGCCCCUUCCUUUGUCCCACCACUGAAGAAAAAAAAUGGCCUGUUGCCCCAAAGCCAGGGCCCUAGGACCUGCAUUGAGUAAACGAGUUUAACAUUGAAAAGAAGUUUAAAAAACAAAAUUUGUUGGUGAGCAUAGUUAAACUUAUGUUGUAUUUGAAUGUUUAGCGUGCAAUUUAUUACAAAUUUCACCAUUAAAACUUUGUUUUGAGAAGCUAAGAUUUUUUUUAAUAUGUGUUCUCAGAAUGCAGGAAAUGCUAUUUCCGAGGCCCAAAUUUUAAAAAUUUCCUGGGAGGCAUGCCCUCCGACUCCCCUAGCUAACUCGUGCCUGCGGCAAUCGUCUCACACCUUCGGCGAUCGCAUACUAUCCUGGGAGGAGGACAAGGAAAAUGGGAACUACCCUUUGGUAGUUUUGCCCCACCACUGAAGAAUCCUUUAAAAAUGCACUGGGUUUGGAUUAAGGUUAGGGUUAGAGUUAGUGUUUGGAAUAGAGUUAGUGUUAGUAAAACCGUUACUUUGAGACCAGCGAAAUAACCUCUUCCAAUUAUUCACUUGUUGCCCAGCGGGUACAUUGCAUUUAUCUAAAACCACGUGAGCACAAAUCAGCCAAUCACGCUUGGUGUUCACCAUAACUAUAUAACAAUACUGGUUAUUUUAUGGAAUGGAAAAUUUCUUCAAUACAUUAGAUCAGAGCUACAACUAGCCCAACAGCUAGGCGUGUUAAACAUUCGACUAAAUAUUCAAACCUUUAAUAAAACUGUUUAAUAUUGCGAAAAUGUUUAGAUAACAAUGCAUUUCUGCAGUUCUGGUUGCGUGCUACGGACGACGUCACUCACUGCAUACAAAUAAUACAACGUAAUAGUAUGCAAUGAGUGACGUCGCCCGUAGCACGCAACCAGAAGUUGAAUAUUAUAUAAAUAAUGAAUGUUUUUAUUCGUGCAAUGGUAAGAAUAUUUUCAUGAGGUGAAAGAUGGAAUGUUCCAUUGAACGAGGCGACAGCCGAGUUGAAUGGAACAUUCCAUCUUUCACCGAAUGAAAAUAUUCUUACCAUUGCACGAAUAAAAACAUUCAUUAUUUGUUUUAUAUAAUACCAAAAUAGACUAAUAUUGCUUUUUCAAGAACAAUUUAUUAAAACACAAUUUAAUAUCAAAAUAAAUACACACAAAUAUAACAGAAACUGAAUGUUUCAAACACAAAGAGUGCAAUAGAAUAAAACGUAUAGUACAAUUGCACUCGCAAUGAGUGCAAUGGAACGUAUUCCAUUGCACUCUUGGGAAAUGGAAUUUUCUAUUCAAUAUCACGUGACCAUAAACGGCCAAUUAAACGAUCAGAAUUCAAUAAGGUAUUAUAUAAAAAAGUUUGAAUAUUGUAGUCGGAUAUUUAACACGCCUAGCUAUUGGACUGCCUAUGAUUAGAUACGUACUUUGGUAACCAAUAGAACUAAUUUUCUACCCCCCCCCCUCCCCUCCCCCUAACCUUUCAUUCCUCAAAUUUCCAUUAUGGUACAUCAAGAGCAGUUCAGGCUUCUUCUUUCUUCAACCGCCGGUAACGCGGUUUUCUUUCCCUGUUUGUAUGUUUCAUUAGCAAUAUUUUGAACUACUGUAGCUCGAAAGUAUUCUCGGUGGAUCUAACCUGUCAUUGCUUUCCGUUUAUCGACAGGUCGCUCAAGGAACAACGUUUCAGAUAUGUACAAUAAAUAUUUCUCCUCAUUCUAUCACUUUGGAUGAUUCAAUAAAAAGUGGUACAUCGCGUAAACAUAUUCAUUCCAAUAGAGAAAAUAUCAUAUUGUGGACUCGCUAG